GGGAUGGCGGCGGUUCCUGCGGGGCUGUUCGCGGUGUACAAACCGCCGGGAGUGGCGUGGAACCGCGUGCGGGAUGCGGUGGAGACGCGGCUGCUGCGCGAGCUCAACGCGGCCCCAGCGCGGCCCCCGCGGAGCCGCAUCCGCUUCCUGCCCGCUGCGAGCGCGGGGCCGCCGGCGUUGGAGGCCGUGCGGGUGCCGGUGUUGGCCGAGCACCGCCUGGUUCGAGGGCCCCGCUUCACGCAGCUGAAGUUCGGCGCCGGGCACCGGCUGGACGUGAAGGCGUCGGGGGUGUUCGUGCUCGGUGUUGGGCACGGGAACAAGCUCCUCAGCCACCUGUACGACUGCCACCUGAGCAAGGUUUACACAGUCAGGGGGCAGUUUGGUAAAGCUACCGUGGACUUCUCAGACACUGGGAAGCUGAUAGAGAAGACGACGUUUGAUCAUAUCACGAGGGAGAAGCUGGAACGGAUUCUCGCCGUCAUCCAAGGAACAAAUCACAAGGCCUUGCUGAUGCAUUCUAACAUCGAUAUGAAAACACAGGAGGCCUAUGAGCUGGCUGUGAAGGGGCUGAUUCGCCCCAUGGGAAAAAGCCCCCCAAUAAUCACUGCCAUCCGGUGUCUCCAGUUUGCACUCCCUGAAUUCCAGCUAGAAAUUCACUGCUUGCACGAGACCCAGCAAUACCUCCGCAAAGUAGUCCAUGAGAUCGGGCUGGAGCUGAAAUCAUCUGCUGUGUGCACACAAGUGCGAAGAACGCGGGACGGUGUCUUCACACUGGAUGAUGCUCUCCUGAGAACGCAGUGGAACCUGCAGAGCAUACAGAAUGCAAUUCUGAACUGCCAGCUUAGAGUGAAAACCGAGUUAGAGAAAACAAUGAGCCAUUGGGAUGGAAGUGUUCUUCAGGAGAUGGAUGCUGAGGCUGCCCACGCCGCUGACAGCUGAGUACGUGCUCCAGAGGGAACAUCCACAUCCCCUCUGCAGCACAGCAACAGAGCCACGUGCUGACAGGAUGAUGGACAGCAGAAGGAAAGAGGUUAAUUGCAGUUCACUUCCACCAUUUCUUCGAGAUGACUUUCAUCAGAGAGGCAUUUUUCCGUUGACAGGCUGUAUAAUUUUAAAGCAUUGUAAACAGUUCAUUAACAGGAGUUAGCUGUGCCAAAAUCCCUGUUGGCUUUGGGAUCGUUAGGUUGCUAUGGGAUACAGAAACCUCUUCCCAAAUUGUUCAGCAGCAGGAAACACAGGCACCUUCUUACAGAGCUGUGUCCUCUUGAUUGCACGAUCUGCUUGCUCCUCGCAACCAGCAGCACAACUCCACUGCUGCACAGGUUUUUAUCUUCCCCACGUUCCCCUAGCAAAAGUAGUGCCUUUGCUUUAGCCCCACUUUCAGAGCCAGAAAUGAGACUAAAAGAGAGCUGCAAGGGAGGAAAGGCAGCUUACCUAAAGUCCAGCAGGGAAAUGGCUGUCAGAGUGUGUACAGUGCAGAAAGAGGGACUGACACAAAGAUGCUGACAACAUAAGGAAUAAAACUGAAAUUGACACGAAGGGAAAGAGGCUGUUUUUGAGUUCAGCACUACAGACAAGCACAGUGACCCUUUAAUUAAGAAAGAAAAAGCUUUGUUUGCUUUUGCUGAUGAACCAGGGGUGCUCAGGGGCUGUGGUGUGCUGUGCUUUGGCAGCUGCCUGCAGGCAGAGAUACUGCCUCUCCAUGGGGGUUUCAGUUCUGUAAUUCCACUUGUUACCUGUGAGAUCAUUAUAUGUGGAUUAGACUUAACAGAAAUAAGCUUUCUAAAUUUAAAUUAAGAACAGUGCUGUUACAACAUGCAAUAUUUUCCUGCUAUCUGCCCAGCCAGAGACUUGCUUACUUCUAGAUAUUUACGUACUCUAGAAAAGCAACAGAAAUUACUGGUUCUAUUCUUCUGGAUUUGGGCGAAGACAAGCAUAGUUUAUCUUCCAGAUUGCCCUUAAAGUACAAGGAGCAACUCUGGGAGGAACAGGGAUGAAGUACCUCAGUAGCAGAGCUCAGUCCCUGAAGUUUUUAACUCAGAGCCUGGAACCCUUCCAUUUUGUCCUGGGUCUCCCUGCUCUGCAGACAGCACCACGCAGCACUGCUCUGUGCCCACUGCAGAGCCUCACCAGGGGCAGUUUGCUGUUGGCUGGCUGGUUUGUGUGCAUCCAUCCUUUGUGGACAGCGGUCUGAGAUGAGGACAUCAUCCCCAACAGCUCCCUUGUGCUAACUGAAGCAAAACCCAGCACUGGUUAAGCAGACAGUGUCAGUGUGACUGCGUUGAUCCCAGUGCUUCUACAAGGAGGGGAUGGGGGGAAGGAAACAGGACCUCUCAGUCCUUCAGUAACCUUCCAUGACUUGGGCAGCAGGCUGUGCUUCAUGCCACGUGCCUUACACCUCACACAAAGUGCUGGCACUGAUGUAUGCACUUCCCAAUGAAAAAAACAUCUCCCAACGCCUUUUUGCUGUGCUCUCAGCAGCAGCUUUUCUGACCACUUGUCUGAUAUCCAGGCACUGUGAAGAGAGAUUAAUUUCUUUCAAAUUUAGAAAUACAAAGAACAGACUGCACAUAUAGGCCUGACUGAAAGCAAGGGGGGAAAAUUGCUUGGCAGGAAGGUCUGGGAAGUAGAAAUGGACAGGACAUUGAGCUUGAGGGAAGCAGGAACAACAUUUGUGGUCAGAGCACUUCAUCAGUUGGCACAAAGCAGCCAAACUUGGGUUGUGCAGUCACCCUCAGUCCUAAGAGCUGAUGCUGAAACACUCCUGCUCUCAACACAACCCUGUGCUUAGGACACUGCUCACUUUCACUGUAGUGACUGUAUUUACAAUUGAGUAAACGUAAUUCUGCAGCUCUCAUUCCCAGCAGCAGUGCUG